UCUAUUGCAAACGGCUGUAAAAGGUUCAAGAUGCUACAAAUGGGGAUGUUCUCAAUUAUACUAUCAAUCCUUGUAAUCUUGACCCAAUUUGAGGUGGCAAGGACAACGAAUGAAGGGACUGCAUACAUGCCAGGAAUUGCAGUUUUAAGGUGCAACCCAUUAAAACCGGAAAGCCUCAAGGAAUUAGAGACAGUUUUCUUGUGGCAAAUGAAGGACAUUCAUGAAGAGAAAGUUAUAUUUGAAAAACAUAAGGGUGAGGUGAAAAAAGAUCAUCUUCAUCCAAACUAUGUAAAUCGCACAGUAGAACUUCAACCAAACUUGGAUUUGCACUUACACGAUGUCACACCAGCUGACGAAGGAAAGUACACAUGUGUCAUCAUGAAUAAAACAGGAUGGUCUCAAGUAUAUCACAGAUCAGAAUACAAUUUAAAAGUGAUCGUUAAUGAAAGCUCUCCAGAUAUCGUCCUUAUUUCAAAUGAUACAUACCAUUCUGGAAGUAAUCUCAAGCUGGAAUGUUCGUCUAAGCUGAAUUUUCCCAACCCUGAAGGAAUACUGUGGCACAUCUUCAACAGCUCUGGCAACUAUACCAUUAACGGCAACUCCACCAUUCACAAGAACAAUGUGACUACAGUGUACAAUAUAACCAGCUACUUGCACUGGCACGUGGCGGAAAAUACAAGCGUCAGCUGUGAGAUUCAGUCAAAUCGAAAUUUAAAAUCUGACAACUUGCUAAUAGUGAUAAAAUCUCACCCUCCUACCCCUGCAGAAGAAAAUAAUAUAAGCCUUAUCAUUAUCACUGCCAUUGCAUUGAUCAUCUUGUUUUCAACACUCUUUUUCGCAUUGUUCUGUUUUUGUCGGAAAAAGAAAUCAAAAUCAGCUCCACGUACAAGAAAUCAAGAUGUUGAAUUAGCUGAGCGAUUAAGACAGAAUGGGUCUCCUACUGCGGAUGAACCAGAUGGGCGUUAAUGUUGGAACUAGACCACAACACACUUGUACAUCGAGGAAUGAAGUGGUUUUUUGUUUAAACCUAUCGUCUUUUCCUCUGCCUCAGAACAAUAUCCCUCGGCCUAUGGACAAUAUUUCAUGAAACUGAAAAGGGAAAACUGGCUGAAGAAAAUGUGACAAUUGCCUUCUUAGUAUAAUUAA